AUGUCCGACUACGAAGAUGAUAUGGAUAUUGAUGCUCCUCCUGUGGGAGAUUCAAUAAUGUUCAAUUCCGAUAAUACGAAUUCGAAAGGCAAACGAAGCGCAGCAAAUUUACCUGUUGAGGCAGAGGAUAGUCUUCCAUGGGUCGAGAAAUACCGACCAGAUACUUUAGAAGAUGUUUCUGGUCAUCAGGAUAUUCUUGCUACUAUAAAUAAAUUCGUCGACACAAAUAGACUUCCGCAUCUUCUAUUCUACGGUCCCCCGGGAACUGGUAAAACCUCCACCAUCCUCGCCCUUGCACGUCGCAUAUAUGGGCCCAAAAACAUGCGACAAAUGGUCCUCGAGCUCAAUGCCUCCGAUGACCGCGGUAUCGAAGUUGUGCGCGAACAAAUCAAAACCUUUGCCUCCACCAAACAGAUAUUCUCCAUGAAUUCUGCCACCGUGUCUCCUGGAGCAUAUAAACUUAUUAUUCUUGAUGAGGCGGAUGCGAUGACUUCUACUGCGCAGAUGGCUUUAAGACGAGUGAUGGAGAAAUAUACGGCGAAUACACGAUUUUGUGUUAUUGCUAAUUAUACACAUAAAUUGAGUCCGGCUUUGUUGAGUAGAUGUACGAGAUUUAGGUUCAGUCCGUUGAAGGAGAGUGAUAUUAGAGUGUUGGUUGAUAAGGUUAUUAUGGAAGAGAAUGUGCAGAUUAAUGCAGAGGCUACAGAUGCUUUAGUUAGGUUAAGUAAAGGAGAUAUGAGGCGGGCGUUGAAUGUAUUACAGGCUUGUCAUGCCAGCAGUACACCAAUCCACAUCAAAGGCACACCCAAGAUGGAAGAGAAAGACAUUGUCCGAGAUCUCAUCACCGAAACCACUAUAUAUGAUUGUAUCGCCUCACCUCAUCCAGCCGAUAUAUCGAAGAUCAUGAACACGAUUCUCAAAACCUCAGAUGUGAAAUCAUGUUUACAAAUGAUCAAUGCCAUUAAAUCUACACAAGGUCUUGCAUUAGCAGAUAUCAUAACGGCUCUCUCGGAAGAACUCAUAAAAGUGGAUGUUCCAGCAUCUGUUAUGAUUACAUGGCUUCAAGGAUUAGCAGAAGUGGAAUAUAGGUUGAGUGGUGGUGGAAGUGAAGUUAUACAGACGGGAGCAGUGGUUGGUGUUGUGAGGCAGGGAGCAGAACUUAUGAAUAAUUAA